ACCUCAGCAACGGUCUCCUCUCAAUGGCAAAGUUACUCGGCUCUGUAGACACACCAAGUCAAGGUGAGAAUGCUGACUGGCAUCAGCAGAUACAAUAAGAUGAUAGGGCUGCUCAUCAAGGCUGAUGAGUUUGAGAGGCUGGUUCACACCGGUGUAGAGAAAGAGGAGCAACUACGAGUGGCCUUGCUGGAUUACCUACGUAGCCAUGGCAACAACCCCGAGAUGAUACAGAUGGUAGCGUUGAAGUUUGCCAUGUUUCAUGAGUUAGCCAAGACCAGACAAGAACAAGCAGAGCAGGAAGUGAAGAGCUUGAGGCCAAAGAUGCUCGUGGCCAGCAAUUCCGACACUGUCAAGCGACUGAAGAGUGCAUUCGACGGCUACAAGGCAGCUGCUAAAACCUACGCUCAGGAGGACAUAUUGAGCAAGGCAGAGUACUGCACGACCCAGGCUAGACUGGUAGCACUACAACUCUCUCUGUUACAACAGCGGAAGCAAGUGAUCAACCUCAGUGCCAGGAACGUGCUGCAGUACAUGGAGACAGAGCCCUUCUCUGAGGCCUUAAUAGUGAGUGAGGCUUAUCGUCACUGUAUCCAUGCUGACUGGGUCAACACCAUCUACAAGAGAAGGUCGUGGUUAAAGGAGACUUCAAAUACUUGUCUGACUUCCAGUCAUCUUACUCCCUUGCCCCCUCCAUGGUGCAGGAUCUGUGCAACAAGUACAUGAGAGACACAGAGAAGACUUUUGAUAUGACAACCAACAUUAAGAAACUGCUUAACUCACAUCUGAGAAACCUACCGCUACGAAAAAGACUCUCUGUUCAGUUGGGUUUUAAGGACACUAGUAGCGGAAUGUUUGAUGACUCGUUCUUAUCUGACUUAUCUGGACUCUGAUUAGUCAGAAUUAUGUGUGUGUUUUGUGCUGAUUUUUACAAGUAUGUUCUUGAUAAAUAUUUGUGUUUGUCUACUUCUGUUUGUCUACAUGACUGUA